AUGGUCAAAGCUGUCUUUUGUGGUGAUGCUGCUGUUGACAAAAGCACAUUAAUCAUGCAUUUAUGUAAAGGAAAAUUUGUAUCCAAUGUUAAUUCAACAUUAGGUGUUGAGUUUCAAAAUAAACAAAUUGAAGUAGACGGUAAACGUGUGGCUAUUCAAUUAUGGGAUACAGCUGGAAAAGAAAGAUUUCGUAGCAUUGCAAAAUCAUAUUUUCGUCGAUGUGAUGGCGUUAUUCUUGUUUAUGAUUCAACAUAUGAGCGAUCAUUUUUAAAUAUUCGAGAAUGGAUUAAUACAAUAACAGAUUCAACACUGAAAAAAGUUUCUGUUAUGAUUGUUGCAAAUAAAAUUGAUUUAAGCGAUCAAAUACGAGCAGAAGGAAAACGUAUUAUUGAACAAGUUGAAGGUUCAAAAUCAGCUAAAGGUUGUUCUUAA